AUGGCUGGGCCGAACGUCAGCUUCUCAGCCCCGACGCCGGCCGUCAAUGGCAAUGGCAAUGGCAAUGGCAAUGGCAAUGCUAAUGGACAUGUCCAAGUCACGUCUGAUAGACUAAUCGUCGGGGUCGACUUUGGAACGACGUAUUCUGGGCGAGUAUUGCGUGUAGCAGCAGCGUACAGUGCGAACCCCGACGAUAUCGAGAUCAUCAAGACAUGGCCAGGAGGAAACGGCAUAACCUCCGACAAAGUACCCACCGAGAUCGCCUACGAAACCGCCGAGCUAUCCACCCCCUUGAACAACACAAUCACACCCGAGCAAGGCGGCGCCAAAGCCACCGUUCAAAAGAUCAAGUGGGGCUUCCAGUUCAAACCCGAAGAAGCGCGUCUUCGUUGCAUAAAGCUAUUUCUGGACCGCAAUCAAAAGCUGCCACACUUUGUGUCACCACUAGAUACAGCCGCUCAUCUGAGGAGUUGUGAUCGCACUGUCAUGGAUGCAGUAAGCGACUAUCUAGGACAAAUCUACACUCACACCAUGGAAACACUAAACAGACGCUACGGGGACUCGUUCAUGGCAAUCACAAAAGUCGAAUUUGUCCUCACCGUGCCAGCAGUAUGGUCAGACUCUGCAAAGAACGCAACCCUCCAAGCAGCAGAAAAAGCAGGAAUGGGCAAGAAACAUGAGUUGAGAUUGGUCAGUGAGCCGGAAGCUGCUAUGCUCCACACUCUCAAGACUGUACAACCACACAACCUCAAAGUCAAUGAUAACUUUGUUGUCUGUGACGCAGGGGGUGGGACUGUAGAUUGCAUUGGAUACAAAGUUACUCAGUUAUCACCUCUGAGAGUGGAGGAGAGUGCUGUGGGAACGGGUGGAUUAUGUGGUUCUGCAUUCUUGAACUAUCGCUUUGAGGAACAUGUCAAGAAUCGACUUGGAGUGGAAAAGUACUCGUAUAUGCGCAACAAGAAGCCCAAGACUUGGAUGAUGGGGCUGAAAUACUUUGAAGAGUUUGUCAAGAGGAAUUAUAACGAGGAAGAUGGGCAGGAGGUUAAUGUGCCGUUUCCUGGGCUUGCGGAUGAUGAGGAGGCCGGAGUGGAUAGUGGCUUUAUGGUCAUGAGCACGGCACAAGUCAAGGAGAUUUUCGACCCCGUAAUUGAAGAGGUGGUCAAGCUCUUGGAUGGACAGGUCGACGCUAUCCGUGCAAAGAGCGACACUGUAUCUGGCAUCAUCUUGGUCGGUGGCUUUGGCCAGAGCAAUCACCUCUACAAUCGACUAAAGACACACUUCAACACUUCUGCACAGCUACCUGCAUAUGAGGAGGAGAAAGAGCAAGGGCAGAUCUCAGAACAGCAAAAUGAGUACCCUCCUAUCGAGGUCAUUCAACCACUAUAUGCAUGGACAGCUGUAGUCAGGGGUGCAGUCAUCAGGGGACUAGACGAUAGCAUGGUAUCUUCCCGCCGUAGCAGACUACACUACGGAACCUCCUACGCCACCGUAUACGACGAGACACAGCACGAUAUCGCAGACCGCUAUUGGUCUCCCCUCUGGGAACGUUGGAUGGUAUCCGAUCGCAUGCAAUGGCACAUCUCAAAGGGCACAGCCAUAUCCCCCUCCACCCCAAUAUCCUUCCACUACACGCGCAACUUCAGCCCCCACGGCCCCCUCAUCGUAACCGACGAACUAAUCGCCUGUGGCUCCUCUUCCGCACCUUGCUCGCGCACAAAAACCCUCUCCACCGUGUGCACUCUAACCACCGAUCUUGCAGCCGUGCCUGAAGAAGUGUUUUCAAGAUUAAAAACGUCCAAGGGAGUGGAAUUUCGAAAUCUGGAUUUCGAGUUGACCAUGAGGAUUCAGAGUGCGGAUUUGGUGUUUGAACUUUGGGUUGGUGGGGUGCGGUAUGGAGAGGUCAAGGCGGAGUUUCAUUGAUAAUUAGGGAAAGGGGAAGAGGAGGUCAAGGCGGAAUUUCAUUGAUACUUAGGGAAGGUGGGAAGGGUUAAAAGGUGGGAUAGCUAAAUGCUUGUAUGCACAAUGUGUUUGUUUU